AUAAUUGAUUGUUUUAUCCGUGUCCACGGCUAUCUAACUCAAACAUACUUAAUCGAGAUAUACAUUUAUUGUACUAUCAGUGUGUAUCGAGACCGCAACCAUGGCGAACACGGAAGAAUCUCUGAGAAACUUGUUGAACAAGAUAGCCCAAGAACAAAAUUACGAAAACCCUGAAAUUGUCAUAAAUGCAAUAUCCAGUGGCGGAGCGAAUUACACUUCUAACCUAUACACGGCGAUCAUACGAGGUAAAAAUAAAGAAGAUCUUAAUUUAUUCGCUAAAGUUGCAGCUGUCGGUGAAAAGUUCCGCAGCGAAAUACCUAUCGACUUUUUUGGUAAUGAGCGAUUAGCUUAUACAGAACUAUGGAAGAUUUACGCAGCUUUAGAAGAAGAACAUGGAGUUCCCGAGGAGCACAGAGUUCUGUACACCAAGUGUUAUGGGAUUGAUGACACGCUGUAUAAGGAGACCAUGGUAUUAGAGAACUUGAUAGCUCAAGGCUACCAAGAAUGUGACAGGUUCAAGCCGGUAGACUGGGAGUACGCCUCCGCAGCCUUCACGGAAUGUGCCAAGCUGCACGCGCUUUCCUUUGCCUUUCGCAAACAUCGCCCAGAUGAAUAUGAUAAUUUAUGCAAAAGUUUUAAAUCGUCUUGGGAACAUAUGGAUAUGGAAGCUAUCAUAGGAAAUUCGAUAAAAGUAGCAGUAACUGCUGUCAAACCAGAACACAAACAAUCGUUUGAGAAGUUUAUGAAGGACAAUCCAGCACAACACCUCGUCAAGUUGUUUAGCGCCCAAAGAGCUGAAGCGAUCGUCCACGGCGACUUCAGGGGGAGCAACCUGCUGCACAGAGUACGCGAGGACGGGAAAGUGGACAUCAAGGUCGUCGACCUACAAACGCUGCAACUGGGGAGCCCAAUAGCUGAUCUGAUUUACUUCAUCUUCGCGGGCUCCGACGAGAAGUUCCGCGCUAAGUACUUCGACAAACUGUUUGAACACUACUACACGCAGCUCAGCGCCUCCAUGAGGAGGCUGAACCUCAACCCUGAUGAGAUAUACUCAAAGGAAGACUUCUAUGCCGACUUUAAAGAGAAACUGCCAUAUGGGCUGACAAUGGCAUUGUCUUCUCUGGCUGUGGUGACCAUAGACACGGCUGACGCGCCAAAGGUGGACGAGUCUCUCGGGAUGUCAGCCUUUUCGGAGAUGAAAACUAGCGACCUCUAUACUGAGAGACUUAAUGAAGUUGUUAACGAUUAUGUGAGAUGGGGCAUUUUGCACUAAAUUUUGGACCAACUGUAAGACUUAUAAGAUUGUAGCAAACACAUAUUGAUUUAGUAGUUACCUGUUGUUCGUCGUUCGUGACCAGACCGUAUGGAAAAGGACUUAUGGUCUUAAAAUAGUUAAAUAGAUUUAGUCAAGUACCUCAGUCGUAGCGUGUUGUUAAACUGUACAAAUGCACUAGUUAAAGCAUGUAAAUGUAUAAAUCGUGUAUCUGUAUAGUUACAGAUUGCUCUGCUUUUGUACAGAUGUAUUUUUAAUUUAUGAGAAUUAG